CCGGGGCCAGGCGGGAGCGGAAUUGCCAGAUAUUUGUUCCCUACGUAAUGUACCGGUCUGCGCAAGAUAUACCUGCGCAGGCGCAAAAAUAAUUACCCACCUGCAUAUUUGAUAUAAGAUGACGCAUCAACGUCAAAGAGGACGAAGGGUUUUUGAUAAAUAGCAUUAUAAAACAUCGUACAACUCUAUAAUAUAUGCAGUGUCUUAUGAUACAAAUAUGAAUUUCAUUUACGCAAUCCUUGUUUUCUUGUUUGUACAAGAAUUAACAGCGGCGAGUUUCUUCAGACUACCAAAGAGACACUACAAAACCCUUAGACAAGAAAGAAAACAAAUGAAAAAUGUAUACAUGAAUAGUGUGGCUAGAAACACACCUACAUCCAUACCAACCAAUGAUAGACCAGCGCAGAUAAUUGAAGAAAUUGUGACAGCCCAACCAGAGAGAAAUGACGAAGUUUUGAAUGAAGAACAGAUUCCAAUUUUGAAGCCGUGCAUUCCAAUUUUGAAACAAGAUUUGCCAAGAAUGAUGACUUUGCCAAUAUUGGCGUUUCUGCCUAACGUAGCUUCGUUGCCUGCUGUCAACAUUGGUCAGAAAAUGGCCAAAGAAUUGAUAACGGACGACGACCAAAUUAAUAUGCCAGAUGAAUCUUUAGAUAUCGAUGAAGAAAUUGGGGAAGUUGAAGAAAAUGCCGUUACUGUAAAUGUUCUCCAGGAGGUUAAAUACGAGAUCAUUGAACGAAAAUCCAAAAAAUCACCGAUACUGCACAGAAUGCGACGGAUUGAGGAGUUCAAACGUAACAUCUUUAUAGACAGACAGAGAGAUAAGCCUCAAAAUGUUAAUUUCUAUUAGACUAGCCGAAAUAUGUCUUAUUACAGAGUCCGUCCCAUUUUCACAUUAGAUGAAGAGUUUGUUAUGCAAUUUUUUUUAAGUAUGGCUUUACUCAGAGAGUAUUUCUAUACUUCUUAUUUGUAAUCAGAAACAAGUUUGGAGAAUUAUACGCAGGAAAGUAUAUCGCGAAAAUUUUAUGCAAUUAAUCUUUUUAAAAUAAUUUUAAAACUGGUUUAUGAUAUGUAAUUUUUCUGAAU